AUGAAUACCUAUACUUUUCUUAUGAUCGUGGUGUGCGCCAUCAUUGCGAUGUUCAGUCAAGCACACAGUCACCCCUUAGCGUAUCCAGACCUACAAACUGCUGAAUCGUACUAUCAACAUGGCUAUGGUCAUCACGGCUAUGGACACGGAUACGGCCAUGGAUACGGUCACGGAUAUGGCCACGGGUAUGGUCACGGGUAUGGUCACGGGUAUGGCCACUAUUGA